AUGGGCAAUUUCGGAACUGUAGUCACUUCGCUUCUGGAUACUUAUACAAAAUGUUUGUCUCUCCUCAAGGGUACCCGCAACCCUGAUGAUGGGACCUUGAGCGAUACCCAUUCAACACUAAGCGCCUCGCUUCGAUCUGACCGAGCACGAGUCCGUCGAGUAUAUGCUUCGCGGCUCUCCAAAGAUGGCUCUCGUUUCGAAAAGGGCGAUGCCCCUGCUCGAUCGGCUUUGAGACGAAUUAUCAAGAAACUCACCAGUACGCUUACCAACAUCGUCUCGCAUGACGGAAAGCAACAGCCGGUCAGAUAUGAGUCUCUAUUAGCCCUUUCGAAUGGAUCGAGCAUAGAAGCAGUUCGCACCAUGAAUGACUUGUCGAGCAGAGUAGGAUCAAGAAGCACCAUCUCUCAAGGUAGCGUUACACUCGAGUCGCCAACAACGAUCAUCCGUCGGUCGACAUCACCAGCCAAGUUCCAAAGGUCGACGGCACUCACCAGACAAGUCAGCGACCUACAACCGGGUCUCAAUAUUGACUAUGUCAUCGGAUUCUACCAAGUUGGGGGAGAUCAGACGACGCCUCUCAAAGCAAAGGCCAGUCGAGGGCUAUGGGAGUAUGGCUGCGUAUCCGCUGUACUACUCCCCUCAUAA